CGUGGGUGUGUGGAGUGACGCAGUCCUCAAUUUGCAUAUAACCUGGGAUAUAUAUACUUCGCUAGUCGUUUACUCUCAAUUUAUCAUAGUCGAGAAGUCAACAUGCCAGACCCAGCUAAACCUGCUCCCAAGAAGGGCUCUAAGAAAGCCGUGACCAAGACUGCCGGCAAAGGAGGGAAGAAACGCAGAAAGUCCAGGAAGGAGAGCUAUGCUAUCUACGUGUACAAGGUCCUGAAGCAGGUCCAUCCUGAUACUGGUAUCUCUUCCAAGGCGAUGGGCAUUAUGAACUCCUUCGUAAACGACAUUUUCGAGCGUAUCGCCGGAGAGUCUUCCCGCUUGGCCCACUACAACAAGCGCUCCACCAUCUCUUCCAGGGAGAUCCAGACUGCAGUGCGCCUGCUUCUGCCCGGUGAGCUGGCCAAGCACGCUGUGUCCGAGGGAACAAAGGCUGUCACAAAGUACACCAGCUCCAACUCCAGUCAGUGAAUUGGACAUUUUCAGUUCAAUGGAUUCCCAAAGCCUUAAAGAGGAGUUGGAUAGACUCCAUGCUCAAAACCAGGAGAUGAAACACAUAAUGCAGCAACUCCUGAGG